UAUAUAUAUAUAUACAUAGUUGCGCGGAACGGAAGAAAAAUUGAGCGAUUCGUUCGCUCGAAUUAUGGUGUGCCAUCGUAAUCAUCAUCGUCAUAGGGGCCUCCUAAGGGCUAGCAGCCACCGUAGCUGCGCCUUUGGGAGGCGAGGAGAACACGUACCGUCGGUACUACGCGUUUUCCUCUUGAUAUUGGCACUCUGGAUGCCGGUACUCGACAACGGUGCUCUUGUACUCGCCUGCGGACCCGGCAGAGGCGCCGGAAGACGUCUUGGUCCCAAGAAGGUCACGCCUCUUGUCUUUAAACAGCACGUGCCCAACGUCAGCGAAAACACGCUACCGGCAAGUGGACUCAGCGAUGGACGUGUAUCCAGACACGAUCCAAGAUUUCGUGAUCUUGUGCCAAACUAUAACGCCGACAUCAUUUUCAAGGACGAGGAAGGUACCGGUGCUGAUAGAUUCAUGACACAGAGGUGCAAGGAGAAAUUGAAUACCUUAGCAAUCUCGGUAAUGAACCAGUGGCCCGGAGUGAAGCUGAGAGUUACAGAGGGCUGGGACGAGGAGGGAAAACAUGCAACCGAUUCCCUCCAUUACGAAGGACGAGCCGUCGACGUGACGACGAGUGAUCGCGAUCGAUCGAAGUACGGAAUGUUGGCGAGACUCGCAGUCGAAGCUGGUUUCGAUUGGGUUUAUUACGAAUCCAGGUCCCAUAUACACUGUUCCGUUAAGUCUGAAUCAUCAUCGGCAGGCAAAUCGGGUGGUUGUUUCCCCGGGAAAAGUUACGUCAGAACGGAAGAUGGUAGACGAAAGAGGGUGGACGAAGUCCAGUUAGGCGAACGAGUAGCAGCCAUGAAUUCUCAGGGUGAAUUGAUCUACAGCGAGGUGAUAGCUUUCUUGGAUAGAGCACCAACGGAGAGACGACAAUUCGUGAAACUUGUUACGGAAUCUGGACGAGUGUUGACCUUGACGCCAGCACAUUUGGUACCGAUCAAGGAUAAAUCAACGAUAUUUGCGGCGAGGGUAGGAAUAGGGGAUAAAAUUCUUGUGGCAGAGAAAAAAGAGGAUUCUUCGUUCUCCAUAAUGGAGAAUACUCUGAACAAUGAAGUGUACAAUGCGCGUAGUCAACGUCUUCGUUGGGAUCGAGUGAUCGAGACAAGGUUGAUCCUUGAGAAGGGUGUUUUCGCGCCGCUGACAACGGAAGGGACAUUAUUGGUCGACGACGUCAUAGCUUCGUGUUAUGCCGUAAUCGAUAGUCAAACAUUGGCACAUUAUUCCUUUCUUCCUUUGCGAAUUUGGAACAGCUUAGAAUCGUUCUUCGUUCGAAGGCCAUCCUCGGCUAGAAGAACGAUCGACGUAGAUCGACCGGAUAUCAGGCAACAAAGGACUAAUAACGAGACAACGAACAUCGAUCACAAAGUAAACGAGAAGUACACCGGAGUACAUUGGUACGCCUCGUUUCUUUACAAUUUUGCCUCUUCCGUUUUACCACGUAACAUGCUCUACAAUUAAUUAGAACAACUUUCAACAUGCCGAAGGAUAUAAGGGGAAAAUGAAUGAACGUUGCCUUUUUUCUCUUAUCGGUUAAUCCUUUGAUUGAGAUCAACAACAUUUUGCUUUAUUAUUUCUCCUUUAGUGUGUUCUUCCAAGGAUGCUUUUAUCUUUUCUCUUAGAGAGAAAGAGAGAGAGAGAGAGAGAGAGAGAGACUAUGUCUUUUGUCUUGUUGGAUAGUGUUUGAAUUGGACAGUGACAUUUCUAUCCGGUUUACCGAGUGACGUAAAGUAUAUUAAACUUUUAGGAAAAUAAUAAAAAGAACGCGAAGCUUUAGAAAGAUAUCAAAGCUUUUUCAUCGUCUAACGUUCUAGUGUAUGUGUAUGUAUCAUACGAGUAUAUAAUAUAAAUAUCGUUCCGUGCUAUUCCUUUAAACGAAUAUAUAUAUAUAUAUAUAUAUAUAUAUAUAUAUAUAUAUACACAUAUACAUAAAAGUGUAUGCGUCUGUGUGUGUGAGCGAAUGAGUAACCGAAUGAACGAAUGCAUCUAUGUAUACAUGUGUAUAACGUGUACGAAUGUGUAUAUGUAAAAGAAGAGAAAGAGAAUGAAUAUGAAGAAGAUGAAAAAGAUGAAGAAUAAAUGACAAAGAUUUUUUUUUUUAUCGAGACGAUUUUUUCUUAUUUCGUUCGAGAUUUGUCCUUCCUUCUCGCAAUGACCUUUCGCAUACAUGAAUGCGUGCAACUCGUUUCUAUGAGGAAAGAAAGCAAGGAAAUAGAAGGAAAAGACAAAGAAAGAAAAAAGAAACAAUAAGAAUAAAAAAUCCUGGAACAACGAAGCCAUUGUUGUACAUAUACACACACAUACGUACAUACGUACAUACAUACAUAUAUGCAUAGAUAGAUGUGCAUAUGAAACGUGCAAAUUAAAAACACGUUAUAUCGCGGCGUUGUUCUAGCGCACGUGUUGCUGGUGCUUCGUCAAAACGAGAUGCGGAUCGCGUGAGCUUUAUUAAAAUAAAUAUCAUUUUCCUAUUUUCUAUGCUCGUUAUCGAUCGAUCAUCGGACAUUUUUUUCUUCGUCCUUGUAUAGCAAACUACCGUUGUUCGUAUGAUUAGAAAAAUAUCGGCGUAAAAUGCUAUCUAAUUAACCUUUUUUUUUUUGUUCUAGUUUCAAUAUCGGC